AUGGCUGCUGCAAACACCACCACUGCCGCCGCGAAAAAGGUGAUCCUGGCGCCUAUGGUUCGUACCGGAGAACUUCCAACUCGGCUUCUUUCACUGAAGCGCGUCAUCAACAAGCGUACUGGAACUAUCGACUUUGUCAAGCCCUCCGGCGGUGCGAGGGGAGAAGAGAAGGUGGUUUUUAGGACGCACCCGGAGAUCGAGGGUGGCAAGGUCGUAUUUCAGAUGGGCACGGCGAAUGCGGAGCUGGCGGUAGAGGCGGCAAAGGUUUUGGUUUCGAGGGGAGAGGAUGGGGAGAGGGAGGGCGGGACCGUAGUGGCGGGAGUGGAUGUCAAUUCAGGGUGUCCAAAGCACUUCAGUAUUCAUGCCGGAAUGGGAGCCGGGCUACUUAAAAACCCCGACAACCUCGUCGCCAUCCUUACCUCUCUCGUCACCCAAAUCGGAAUCCCCCACUCCCUCCCCAUAUCUGUCAAAAUCCGCCUGCUUGAACCCCACUCCGAGACCCUAAAGCUAGUGGAGCGCCUCUGCACGACCGGUAUCUACCGGCUUACCCUGCAUUGCCGUACCAUCCCACAGCGCCCUCGGGAUCCCGCGAUCCGCGAUGUCCUUGCAGACGUCGCAAACAUCUGCCAUGCGGCAGGCGUGGAGUGUAUCGCCAAUGGCGACGUCCUAAGCAGGUCUCACGCGCUCCAGCUCUGCGAUGAGUAUGGUGUCGACGGGUGUAUGAUCGCCCGCGCAGCGGAGGUUAACAUGAGUGUAUUUCUUCCCGACAAACCAUUGCCAUGGAAAGAAAUAGCAGAUGAAUUUGUCAAGACUGCCGUGAAGAUUGAGAGUCACUUUACAAAUACCAAGUUCGUAUUGGGCAGGAUCAUACCCGGUAAAGAUCCCAUCUACCAAAAGGUGCACCAAGCGAAGACACACGAGCAGAUUUGCGGCAUUCUCGGAAUCCCAUAUGAGCCUCUUUCCCCUACCAUCGUGGAAGAGAUGCCAGUGGAGGGAAAGGCAGCUACGAAGGCUGUGGAGAAGGCAAAGAGCGUGAGCGCGACUGCGAGGGCUGCGGGAGGUGUUGUAGCGCCGCGAAAAGAGGGGAGGAAGUUGGCAGAGCGAGGAGUUGGGUCGGCUGCCAAUAUCAAGGCAGCUGCCGAGAGAGAGGCAGAGACCGCUACUGUGACCAUUCCGGAGCAGGCCCCAGUAUCUGCAUAG